AUGCAGGAGGCAGAGGAAUGGGUGCGGCGACAGAGCGGGCCCUUGGUAAAUCCAUCUUUCGAGCCUGACGAUUUCGUGCCCAGCAGUUUGUCGCCCGUCAAGGACGAAAAGAGACCGCCAGGGGCAGAUAAGGGCAUCUUCCUGGUUAAUAUGAAAGAAAAGAACUUGCAAGAAGUUGAAGAGUAUGAACCAUACGAUAAUAGAGUCGUGGAGCAUCCAACCACCAACACAGAGACGCUCCUGCACCUGCUAAAGGGCAGCUUGGGGACGGGUAUCUUGGCCAUGCCGCACGCCUUCUCCAAGUCCGGCUACGCAGUGGGGGCGAUAGGCACCGUCGUAAUCGGGGUGCUAUGCACUUACUGCAUCCACGUGCUGAUGGACUCUUGCUACGUGCUGUGUAAGAGGCGCAAGGUGCCCUCGCUGACGUACACUGCGGCGGCUGAGGCGGCGCUCUCCGAGGGCCCCGAUUGGUGCAAGGCCUGCGCUCCAUACGCCGCGCACGUGGUGAACGCGUUCCUUCUCGUGUACCAAAUCGGCACCUGCUGCGUCUACGUGGUGUUCGUCUCGGAGAAUAUCCAGUUCGUACUGAAGAACCAGUUCGGCCUUCACGUGAGUGUAACCGAGGUGAUGCUGUGGAUCUUGCUGCCGCUGGUGCUCAUCAACUGGGUGCGCGAUCUCAAGUACCUCGCGCCCUUCUCCGCUAUCGCCAACGCAGUCACCAUCGUCAGCUUCGCAAUCAUCCUCUACUACAUAUUCAGAGAAACGCCGACGCUCGAGGGCAAAGUGCCCGCCGGAAAGAUCGGUGACUUCCCUCUAUUCUUCGGAACGGUCCUCUUUGCGUUAGAAGCUAUCGGCGUGAUCCUGCCGCUCGAGAACGAGAUGAAAACACCGAAAGAUUUUGUGGGUAAAUUCGGUGUUCUCAAUCGUGCGAUGAUCAGCAUCAUUAUCUUGUACGUGGGCAUGGGGCUAUUCGGAUACUUGCAGUACGGGAACGCGGCAGCGGGCAGUAUCACUCUCAAUCUGCCCUCCCAGACGGAAACGCUGGCGAGCGUGGUUCAGUGCCUGCUGGCGUUCGCGAUCUUCAUAACGCACGGGCUGGCGUGCUACGUGGCGAUCGACAUCCUGUGGGGCGAGUACGUGGGCACGCGGCUGCUUAACUCCUCGAGGCGCACGCUCUGGGAGUACGUGCUGCGGACUCUCGUCGUCUUGCUCACAUUCGGUAUCGCCGCCGCCGUUCCCGAGCUGGACCUGUUCAUAUCGCUGUUCGGCGCGCUGUGCCUGUCCGCGCUGGGGCUCGCGUUCCCCGCCUUCAUCCAGAGCUGCACCUACUGGUACUACGUGUCGGACUCGGAGCGCGUGCGGAUGAUCGUGAAGAACGUGAUAGUGGUGCUGUUCGGCGCGCUGGGCCUCGUCGUCGGCACCUGGACCUCGCUCGAGGGCAUCAUAAUCAAGUUCUCCGCGCACGCGGCCCACGUGGCCGACGCGGCCGACGCGGCGACCGCCAACGCCACGGAGGCCCACAACUACACGGCCUCCGCGCCC